AAAAAAAUCCAAUUUCACAAAAGAGUAAAUUAGGAGUGGGAAUGGAGUCCUCAUUUGCUACAUUUUCACAAUCCAACAAUAAUUCUUCUUCUUCCCCUCCUCCUUUAGCUCUUUCAGACAUGGAGUACUAUGCCUUCCAUCACAUUGACCGUACGUUGUUUAGGCGUUUGAUUGGUAGCCAAGGCCAUCGUGACCCAAAAGAAGCCAUACAAAUUAUGGGUUUUUGGAUCUGGCUAGAGCGAGAAGUCGUGGACAACUUGACUCUUAUCAAAAAGAUGUUGGAACUCCAAAUGACAUUGGUCAACAAUUUGUGCAACGAGACAGUUAUGUGUUUGAGAUGUGUUGCAAGUGAGAAAUACCCGUUCUCUGACAACGUUCAACUGGCUUUGAUGCCGAUUUUCGUUCAAAGAGAUGUGAGUUUCAAGUACUUUUACGAGAAUCGUGUUUGGGUCGUUAAAGGAGUUGCCAAGAUGGUAAAAGAAGUCUGUGCCAGGGCCUUCCGGGAUAUCCUCGAGGAGUACAAUCGUGGCAAAGAAGUUGUUUAUGAUGGAAUACAAAAUGUGACUCCAUUCAUGAUGCCUACUGUCACAACCACUGGCAAAGAUACUAAUGAAGGAGUUCAGAAUCAAGCGUUCAUAACACCACCAUUGAUGACUCCCUCUUUGGAGGGUACUGAUGACAAUGGUGAUCUUUCCUUUUUCAGCAACAUCGAAUUUGGGACUUUCUCGAAUUCCAAUUCCUUGAUUGGACAACCAGCUGUGGGAGUUCAAAAAAACCCUUAUCAAGGUGGUUAUGGGUAUUGGUAUCCUUAUUAUGUUGCCCAGCCCACGACGAUGCAAACUCAAUCCCCAGAAUUAAGUGGCAUUGGUGCAUCAGCAUUCAUGAUCAAUACUACUGCUGCAGCUCCACAUGGAUUUUUUGGUACUCAUGAAAAUAUGUUCAAGCCUAGUUACGCUGCCAUAGAGCCAUCCGAGAUCAAGCAAGAUGUUUCGGACGGUAUUAACGACUUUAAUAACAUCUUCAAUAGCAGCCUGACCCUCAUCGAGCAUGACGAUGAUUCCCCUGAUGAAAGGACAAUCUUUUUGACCUUCUCCAGAGGUUACCCCAUUUCAGCUGCUGAAGUUAAGGAAUUCUUCACUAAAAAAUUUGGGAACUUCAUUGAAGGCAUUCAUAUGCAAGAAGUGCCUGAGGAUGAGCAAGUGUUGUUUGCAAGGGUUAUUGCAUGCUCGCCGGCGUUUGUCAAUGCGGUUUGUGAAGGUGGAAGGGCUAAGUAUAGCAUCAACGGAAAACAUGUUUGGGCAAGAAAGUAUGUGAGGAACAAGAAGUCUCCUCCUCCACCACCAGAAGUUGCCGGUCCAUCGACAUGUCCCGUUGUUUUUGGUGCACUCUAGUUCUGAUCCCCAUUGAAGAGUUUGCUCGUUCAGAUCGUUCCAGUCAUGUUGUCCAUUUGUUGUUGAAUUGAUUCACCUAGUCUUGACAUGACUCUUCUUGUGCUGUUUUGUUGUUGGUG